AUUCUUGCCGGAAUUAGUCACCGACACUCACCUUCGCCUUCCAGUGAAGUCUCUCCUCCGAUUCAGAUGCCUUUGAACAUCACAUUGCUCAGAAAUUGACAGUACCGAUUUCGUUAAUAAUCCUCUCAACAGAUCAAUCCAAACCAAAAUCCGUCAAAAGCUACUCAUCUGGGACAAGAAAUCCAUCAUGAAUUUCUACUGUGCUGAUUUUGAUGACGACCUCAUAUCUGCCUUCCUACUCAACAACCCAUUAAAAUCUCCGCAUUGGGGCGCCAUGCUAUGUGCUUCUUACUUUGGUUUGAUUCUCUUGAGUUUUAGUCAUAACAAUCUCAUCUUAUGGAAUCCAUUCACUCGGCGGUAUAAGAGAUUACCGCUUUGUCCCAUCCAAACCCUUUCUGGGUUCCGAAAAUUCGUGAAUUUUGGUUUAGGGUAUGAUUCUGCUCUUGAUGACUACAAAGUUGUGAUGAUUUCAGAGUUUUAUGACUCCAAUGUUUACCAAACUUGGGGUGCUCUCUACUGGGAAUGUGAUUAUAAGUUUGUUGGUUUUGAUCUCACAAAUGAGGUGUUCUUUGACCUCCCCCCAUUUUUGGGUUGGAACUCGAAAUAUAGCUGUUAUGAUUAUUAUGAUGUCUUAGUAGUUUCUGGAGGUCACCUUCAUACUUCUCUAAUGCAUGAUGAGCGUAACACUACUGAAUAUUACUUGUUUGUGAGUGAUAAGAGUGGAGAAGUUGCAAGUGGUAGUUGGAGGAAAGAGUUCACUUUGGAGUAUGUGGAUUGGCUCUUGGUAUAUUCAAAAGAGGGGGAUAAAAUUCUUCUUAGCAAAGGAAAUAAGAUUUUUUGGUAUAACCUUGAAGACAAAACAAGACAAAGGGCGGUCAUGGCAUUUCCUGUGAUCCCUAAGUCUUGUUGGAUAGGUUCUGGGAUUCUUGGGGUUCUGAUGCACAAUUACCAUGUUUGCUGUGAAAGUCUUGUUUCUCCUGGCAAUGAUGCUGCAUUUGAUGGGGCACCUUAAGAAGUGAAAAUUUAGAAUGAUCUAGAGAUUUAGAACAAUAUCAAAGGCUGAAAAUGUAGUAAAUCUAGCAUCUUUGAAAUUUGAAUGUGGGUCUUUUUUCUAAGUCUUGUUUGGUUACAUGUUCCACUUAAUAUUAGUAAAUCCCUUGUGUAUUUUAUAAAUAUUGCAGCUUUAGCAUCUGUUAUGUCAAUUCCAUAUGUUUUCUGUUUUAGUGUAAGUAGACUCCGUGAAUCAGUAUUUAAAUGAUGAAUUGUCUGUUAAAGUUGCCAUAACUUCGAGCAUUUGGUCUUGAGAAAAAUGUGAUGAGGCUUCUCUUCCAUUUUUGGACGUUCAUUAGCUGCAUCCUUGACUCAAAAGAAACAUUCUUAUCUGCGCUGUCAUGAUUGAAAUGUCUGAAAAAAAAAAAUGGUGAGGGCUGCUGUUUCAUAUUUUAAUUUAUCUGGUAGUUGAAUUACUCUGUCUUUUGUUCGAUUUUAUUUGAUCAUGAAGUGCCAUAGGUGUUUCUGACCUGUUUCAAGUGAUAAUAAAGCAUAGGGAUUUCU